UCUGGGAUUGACAUUUAUCUCGAAAUGUAAACAAUGCGAUAAAACUUUAUUUUACGUUUAAUUAUAUCAACGUUUAGUUAAUUUUUCACUAGAGAUUGAAACGUGUCCGUGCUUUGUAAUUGCUUUUUUUUAAAAUUCAUAUUAUAUUGGAAAAACUAAUAAUGCCGCGAAUCUUCUGUGUUGUUGUAAUAUUAUUUAAAGUUAUUAUUUUGGUUCAUUGCGCUAAACGUUUCCACCUCGGCCGUAGUAAAGGAGGUAAUUUGGGUUUGCCGGGAGGUGUAGUACACGGGAAACUGCCCCCUGAACAAUGGUUUGAACAAAAGUUAGACCAUUCCACUCCCACUGAUAUGAGGACUUGGAAACAGCGCUACUAUGUUAAUGAAAGUUUCUAUGACUUUAACAAUCCUGGGCCUAUUUUCUUGAUGGUUGGUGGUGAAGGGCCAGCAAGUGCCAAGUGGAUGGUGCAGGGGGCUUGGAUAGAAUAUGCAAAACAGUUUAACGCUUUAUGCAUACAGUUGGAACAUAGAUACUAUGGAGAAAGCCAUCCAACAAGUGAUCUAAGUACAAAGAACUUGGUAUACUUGUCAUCUCACCAAGCUCUUGCAGAUUUAGCCAACUUCAUAAUAGCUAUGAACGAUAAAUACAAGUUCAAUAGAGAGGUCAAAUGGAUUGCCUUCGGUGGAUCAUACCCGGGUUCCUUGGCAGCAUGGCUCCGUUUGAAGUAUCCACAUUUAGUACAUGGGGCGAUUUCAUCAAGUGGACCUUUAUUGGCUAAAGUUAAUUUCAUGGAAUAUUACCAAGUUGUUGUAAAUGCACUACGUGAGAAAACCGGUGCAGAGGAUUGUGUCAGUCAAGUGAAAUUGGCACAUCAACAAAUCGAAACAAUGAUUAAGGCGGAUCCUGCAGCUAUUGAAAAAGAGUUCAAAUUAUGUAAACCAUUCUUGAAGGCUUCCAAAAAUGAUUUGAAGAAUUUUUAUAAUUCGAUAGCCGAUGAUUUUGCUGAUUUGGUUCAAUACAAUGAAGACAACCGCAUCGGUGUGAACGGCAAACGCAGAGCUACUACGAUUAAUUCGGUUUGCAGUAUGAUAACACAGCAGCCUGAAAGACCAGCGUAUAAAAAGUUAGCUGAAUUCAACUCUAUAGUUUUGGGGGAAGCUAACCAAACGUGUCUGGACUACAGUUACGACUACAUGAUCAAUGAACUUAGGAACGUCACAUGGGGUACGGAAGGAGGUCGUCAAUGGAUGUAUCAAACUUGCACCGAGUUUGGUUUCUACCAAACGUCGUCAGGUGAAAUGGAAGUCUUCGGUAAUCAGUUCCCACUUGAUUUCUUCAUACAACAAUGUCAAGAUGUCUUCGGCCCAAAAUUUAACUCUGAGUUCGUGAACGCGGGUGCUGAGUGGACUAACAUAGUGUUCGGUGGUUUAGACAUAUCCGUCGGUCGAGUAGUGUAUGUGCAUGGGUCAGUGGACCCGUGGCACGCGCUCGGCAUGACCACCACGCAGGACAAUGAUGCGCCAGCUAUCUUCAUAGAAGGCACGGCACACUGCGCUAACAUGUACCCGCCCAGCACCGACGAUCCGGCGAAGCUCGUCGCGGCGCGCGUCGAGAUCCAGUCCUACAUCGGCUCCUGGCUGAACCUCGCCUAGACUUCGGGCGUCGCCAGGCUUUGAGGUGGUGAAGACGGCGCCGUAUGUAAAACCUUAAACUCCAAGGCUUACUACAACUUUUCGACGGUCCUGUCUUCAGCUUCUAUCCAACGCUUUGUUAUACCUACCAAUUUUAUUUUCCCAUUAUGUUUUUCUUUAAGCUCAGUGUUUCCAUAAAUGUUAUGUUGUAGUUUAAAUGUAAAUAAAAGUGCAUUUAUGUUUCAAAUAUCUGUUAAGGUUACGCAUAGCUAUGUAAGGGUCGAUCCACGUUGGGAUCUGAAUCUUUAUUUGAAACAUCCGGGCGCUCUGCUGUUUGUAAUGGCAAAUGCAACUUGCGUUUGCACGCACGCAGAUGGAUUUGCCUUAAUGGAAAAAUAUAAAGUUUUACCAACUAACUUGUCGGUUAGACACAGAAACAUUCUAAACUUGUAAUUGAAGAAAUUGGGGUGGGAGUUGGGGGGUGGGGGUUCAAAGGGUAUGGGUUAAGAAAAGUUAACAUCCGUGCGACACGGGAGGAAAGGGAGUAAAGGCAAUUCCAAUAGGAACAUGCUCUGGUAUCGUCCUGCAGAGCGCAAAUACGGUUUUCUGCAGCGCGUUUGGGUGUUUCGCAAUACAGAUCGUUGACUGAGUUAAGUUUUACUUUUUAUACUCUCUCAUUAAACUUUCCAAAUUUUUUAAUUGUCGUGAAAGUUUCUCGUCUGCCUUUUUAUGAUUGCUUACAUUUUAUGACUGUACCUACUUACUUGACUAUUUUACAAAUUGAAUUGUUUUCUAUAUCAUGGCGAAAAACAGAUAUUUGAAUACAAUAACCAGAUGACAGACUUAUAUCACAUCUGGUUAACCUAAAUGCGCAUUUAUGAAGUAGUAGUAGUAAAAAAACCAACAUAUUUUAACUGAUGAUUCACUUGCAAAUGGAAAUAGGAAAGUUAAACAUCUCGGUAAACGAACGGUAUGAUUCUUUAUCUAUUAUCUAACAAAGGUUUUUUGUAUAAAGAAGUAACGCGUUUUCACAUCUAAAUCAUCGGAUUUGUUAACAUCAAAUGAAAAAGUCUAAAGCUUGAAAGUAUGUCUUGAAUAUUGUCGUAAUAUUUCCAUCUUGAAGCUUAAGUUACACAAGACGAGUUUUUCGAUUGCAAGCUAAAUUUCUAAGUGACAGAAUAUGGCGAUAAGUUGUUUUCUAGUAAGUCUGUCGUCGUGUAAGUUAACCUUUAAGGUUCAUCAAAAAAUAAAAAUACCCACAAUUUUGGCUUGAUUUUAUCUGUGAAAACGUUCGGUUUACUUGGGCACGAAGUCGUGGAAGUUUUUGGAUAGGUCCCGCGGGAUAUUUAUGAAAUGGCGGAAGAGAAGGAUCGGUGUAUACUCACUGCUGGAUUUAUUAUUAAGACGUAGAAAGAGGCGUGUAGUAAAAUAACUGCCGGAUCGGAUUUUCAAAUGAUAAUACGCAAAGUGGACUUGUGGAGUAUUAACGAGCCCUAACAACUUGAUAAACGUUCAAACUGCAACUCAGAUAUUUCAUAAAAUAUUAUCAAUUUUGACUAAACAAGUUGGUGCGAUCUAUUUGAAUGAAAUCUAAGAAAACUGAAAAAGUCACACCACUUGUUUCCCGGACAUGGCAACAUAGUGUACUCGUAUAUUAGGAUCAAUACGACUUACGUAAUAUUAACUGACUAAAGUACGGAAUAGUCAAGGUUUAGGUUUAGUAAUUGCUAACUAGUAAUAUCUAACCUAAUACCAGGCUAUACCGGAAAUUAACAUCAUAAUAAAUAAUAUAUACCGAUAAGCAAUACCUGUAACGCGUAGGGGACGCGCGUUAAGGACAAUUUUUAAAUAGACGACAUAUGUAUAUUAUGACAUUACGAGAGGAUGGUUUCUAGCGACGGGUUAGCUAUAUUACGACUUCGUUGAAAUUUUUCGGAUCAAAAUAAAACAAGAGAUCGGUAUAUAUUUCUAAUGAUCGCGGAAUAGUUCUUUAGUCGUGAUAUGAGCAAUGUCUGAGCUUAGAAAACCACAGUCGUAGAGUAUUUCCGACAUUCAGACGAUGCCGAUUUUCGCUUCGAUGUUGAUAUUAUAUUCUAUAUAUUUUGUAAGGAUAUUUUUUUUAUAAUAUUUUUGAUGUUGUAAAAUAAUUGAUUGUUCAUGACGCAUGGCAGCCGCAAUAGUAACGCUACGUCCAUGGACAAUGGUACCGUAAUAACUUUCAUAAAUGCCUUAAUAAAAUUUAAUUAUACCUAUACAUGCAGGGGUUGGGAAACAUAGGAAUAGAGGGGUUCCCACACCAAAGCGACGGGAUGCGAACUACGAGGUGUGCGAACUAACCCACAGUUGGCAGUCUUUAGGAGUACAGAGAAAACUUGUAACCUCAAUAAAGCAAUAAGUUUUAUGUGUUUUAUGUUUGAAUUCUCUUUGCGUAAUGCAACCAAGGAAAACUACCUCAUGGUGCUUAUGAAUGGUUACCUAGGUCGCCUUGGUGGCGCACACCUAUUCCACCAAAGAAAACUACCAUCUCAAUGCGACUAAGGCGACCUUGGAAACCAAAUCACGCUUAUUAUCUGAGAUCUAUUCACGUUCUUCGUUCACGUUAUUAACAUCCAGUGGUAUUUUCGAAGAUUAUAGGCGUGAGUAUGUUGAAUUUUUUACAUCAAGAGAAAUUGUACAAUUUAUCGCGGAUUAUUUUUUGUAGACGUUACUGUCGAAAUGCGACGCGGACGCUUCGUGUAGAAUUUAUAAUUUUUUCAAUUAACAGCUUUCGUUUUAGUCAAACGUUAGAUAAAUUUUUGAUGUUGUCAUAGUUCAUGAAGAGCCAGCGCCGAGUUUCGCACGAAAAAAAAAAUAGUAACGAUAUGUUUAGCAGUGCCUUAAUUCUGUCUAGAAUGAUAAGCAAACAGUCCCCGAUUUUUUCAUAGUAUAUCAAUAGGUGCUCUGUUUAUGUACAAACAUCGUUUAGUGAUAUAAUACAAAGAAGUUAUUUUUUAUAGAUGAAAGGAGCGAUUGCGUUAUUAUUUGCCAAACUGUAAGGGGUUUGUACAACAACAAUGCACCGUAUUGUAAAACUAGUUGUACUGCGAAUAAUCGGCUCGUCUUCCUCUCGAUACCGUCUCCUAGUCAAUGCAUUUAUGACUAGGAAAAGGCGAUUGAAUUACUAUUAUUAUUAUUAUUAUUUUUAUUUUAAAUUAAACUUUCGGAAGCGCGGAUAACUUAGUUGUUAAAAAUCCCCAGCACGAGGGUCUUCCCACUCUUCGGUUUCACGAGAACUGCGUCCGAUUCUUACGUCAACACCUAAUCUCUACCGUGUCAUCGUAAAGUCUGAAGACACUGACGAACUAUAGAAACAUACAACUGAACACGUUGCUCCGCAGCCUCUGUUAUUUUUUACAAUUUGUGUUAUGUUUAAGUUUCGGACAAGCUUAACAUAAGUUAUGUUUCUCAAUUUAAACACUAUAAUGAAUGUUGUAACAGAUCUGUAGGUCUUUUGGAGGACUUUGUCUAACGUUCGUGUAGUUGUGUUGCGGGGUUAAGGGGAGUGCCUUAGUAUAAUAUAGUAUAGUAUAUGAAGAUAUUAUCAGCGGUCAGUAAUUCACCAACCAGUAGGCUCGAAGUCUUGCUGACCUGUUACUAUGUUCUUAUUGUGUUCCUUUUUAAUUUAAAUGCUUGGUAAUAUUUUUUAUUAUCCUAUCACUUGACGAUACUGCAUAGUGUUGGAGAUAUUUGGGGCGCGCCUUGCAACUUUACGGGUCAAUAUCACCAGACCAUAAAUAAAGACUACCGCAAAUAACUUCAAAGGUACGCAAUUUGAUGAGUCUUAUGGCUCAUCCUAACUGGGGAUUCCAGUUAAUGCAGUUUGAACUGAGACUUCCAUUACAGGGCUCGUUAAUAAGAUAGUCUAGGGUUUUAUACUGUGAUAGAAAGAACGAAAAGUACAUAAAUGCAGUCCAUCUUCGAAGCUGAUUGGUUAUGACCUUGUUUCGACUAAAAUAUUUCAGGUGUUGUUUAAACAUCUUGAAUAGACGUACGGUUUAACCUAAUGCACAAAAGAAUUGGCGAUAAUGAUUUGAAGAAUUGCACAGAAUAUAUACUUGUCUAUCUAAAUCGAGUUGAAUGGUUAUAAUUUACAUUAUCCGUAACGUAUCUAAAACCAAUAUAUUAUAUGAUUAAAUAAUUACAAAAUAUCGGCGGAACAACAAGAUUUUUGAAUUAACAACUGUCAUCUUAUGAUUGAUGACUACUAUGAAUAAAAAAAUGGAUUAAGAAAAUAAAAUUGCAAUAAACCAAAUAGCUGAGAGCUCAUAAAAUCGAUUUUUAUAAUUUUGAGAACGUAUUAUUAUAAAUGGAGACUUGAUUGUUAUUUGAAACUGAUCCGAUGAUUUUAUUUUACUACAUAUAUUGUUGACGGUUCCAUCCUUUUUAAUAUUUCCUUUUAAUUUAGAUAUAUUUUAGUAAAACUAUAUUCGACUCGUAAGUACCUUGUUGUUUUAUAAAGUUUACCUAAAGAUUGUUUGACUUAGGUUUAUUACAAGUUAAAUAUGUUGUGUUUAUUGAAAUAUGUUCUUCCAACAAGUGAUACUAGAACAUCGUUCAUGAUUUUCUAGCAUUACUGACGUUAGUGAAGGGAAUGGAGCAUGAGAGAAGGAUAAAAGAAAGUAUAGAUAUAAUCUAUUCGUAAUAAUAUAUAAACAUAUUUAUCAAUAUAUAAUCACAUUUAAUUGGCUUGUUGGCCCGCGCUAGUGUUGUGUCUGUUUCGAAAGGCGUUUUGGAUAUGUACUAUUAUGAGAGAUGAGUCUUUAAAGGCAUUUGUGCCUUUCUGUUGUAGUCGGUGGCGUUGUAUUUGCUGCUCUGAUCAGUCAGUGAGUGCAGCGCGAGCGACCGCGCCCGGGCCAAAUGUAGAUGAUUACAAGCCAACAUUACGACUACCAUGUGCUCUACCGCGCAUUACUGUUACACGAACGAUUGCAUUCAUCUACAUUUGACUCGAAGGUAUUCCGAGCCGAGUGCUCCUUUUUAAAUGGUAUAUUUAGAGGCGUGGAAUUUUAAUAUAUGGAGAAGGUGUUUCUUCGCAUGAAAAGGGGAAAAAGAACGACUUUUUGGCGAUUGAAACAAGAUUUGUCAUUGGAUGAAUAUGAAAGUACUAAAAGUAACAUUUGGACAGAACAGGAAUGUGGUAUUUUCCCCUGGUACAACACGGCGGACGGGUACUUUUGCUUACUUGACUUUAUAAUAAAAAAAAACAUGUAAGUGUCUAAAUAUUCUAUGUUAUUGGUUAUUGUUGUGUGUGUACUUUCUCUUCUCCCAGGAAUUAUUACAGCUCUCUAACUCCUUAAACCGUAAUAUCAGGAAAUGUUUAGAACGUUUUGUUAUGAUUUAAAAGAGUAUUCCUGUUAUAAAUACUCAUUUGAAACUAUUACGGUGUUAUUUUACGGUUACAUUGUUUUAUUUUAAUGAAAAUUAAACUAUUUUUGUAUUGAAACAAUUGUAUAAUAAUUUCCUUUUAAAAUUUCUCUUACACUCUAUAAUACACGUUAAAAUAGCGAUUAAUGGAUUUUCACAAUUGACAUUCUGUGUGUCUAUAACCGAUUUAGCAUAAUCUGUAAAGUGAACAUUUACUUGCAAGGUGGCCUCUGUUUUAACACCUAAAACAAUGUUUGAAAUAUAUUUGAGAACAGUUAUUCGAGUGGUAUUAAUUGUCAAGCAAUAAUAAUUAAAACAAAAGUUAAAUUCAAUAAUAAAACAAAUGUUAUUCAAAAAUACUUAAUUGAUAUUAAGGACUAUAUUGGUAUGUAAUAUGAUAACAUUCGACGAAAAUGGAUUCGAGUUGGCGCUACAAAAACUAAAAUCAAUACGAAAUAGUAUCCGAGUCUACAUUGGAAGUAAAUGCAAACUAGUAAAAUAGUCAUUACAUAUUUUAUCUGAAUAAACUUAUAGGAACUAAA